AUGGUAGAAGUGAAGAUUGAGGCAAGUGAACCAAUUGUGAGUGAUCAAGCCUUGGAGGAGCCAAUGGAACUUAAUUUGGGUAACAUUGAUGAUUGGAAGAAAUUACCAAGUGUCAUAUCAAGAAAGGUUGGUGUGGAUAAGCGAGCUAGAGGAAAGCUUGAUUGUGGAACUUGGUGCAGGACAAAGGUAGAAUUGGAAACAAUAAAGUAUCGUUGUGUCAUUAGAGAAAGGGCUAAUGGACAAGCACUAGGGGCAAGGUUGAGUUUAAGGGAGAUCAACAGCCCUAGCAGAACAUCUUAUUAUCCUAAAGUCAACCUACAUGUAGAAGAUAAACUGAUUGGGUUUAAUCUUCAGGUGAUGAUGGAUAAUGGCAUCAUUCGUGUCACAUUGGCGAGGCCCGAGGGCACUGUCCUUCGAAUAUUAUAUAAUGGAAUAGAUAAUGUGCUUGAAGCUCGCAACAAAUAUGAUGAUAGAGGGUAUUUUGACGUUGUUUGGAAUGUACCCGGAAAUCAUGCUAAAGUUUGGAGAAUCUAUGGGAACAAAUUUUCUGUUAUAGAGGCAAAUGAGGAUCAAGUAGAGGUUUCAUUUUCAAGAACGUGGGACAUGGAUGGCUCAAGUCUCCCCAUAAACGUUGAAAUUAGGUAUAUAUUACGUAGAGGUAGUUCAGGAGUAUACAUAUACGCUAUAGUUGAGCGUUCCGAAGGUUUUCCCGCAUUGGAGAUUGAUCACAUUAGGAUCGUUUUCAAGCUACAGGAGGACAGGUUCCACUUCAUGGCUAUAGCAGAUGAUAGGCAGCGAGUGAUGCCAACCCUAGAAGAAAGAUCUAUUGGGCAACGCCUUGAUUAUCCUGAAGCUGUUAUAAUAAAUCACCCUAGUAACCUUGCAAUUCAAGGAGAGGUGGAUGACAAGUACCAAUAUUCAUGUGAGAACAAAGAUAAUAAUCUUCAUGGGUGGAUUAACUUUGACACCAACUUCAAUGAAUCGGUGGGCUUCUGGAUGAUAACACCAAGUAAUGAGUUCCGUAAUGGUGGGCCAAUCCAUCAAGGCCUCACUUCUCAUGUUGGCCCUGUCACUCUCAAUAUACUUCAUACCACCCACUACGCCGGGAAGGAGAUAACAAUGGCAUUUCAAGAAGGGGAGCCUUUCAAGAAAGUUUAUGGCCCCUUUUUUGUGUAUCUCAACUCUGUUUCAAGUGGCCAUGAUGAUUCACAAGUCCUCUGGAAUGAUGCUAAACAACAGCUGUCUGAGGAAAUCAAAAUCUGGCCCUAUGAUUUCCCAAAAUCAGAUGAUUUUUUCCCACCCAAUAAACGGGGAACAGUGGAAGGAAAAUUGCUAAUCCAAGACCGAUACAUCAAAGGAGGAAGGUUUCUAUAUGGUGACAAUGCUUAUGUUGGUCUGGCUCUGCCUGGAGACGUGGGAUCGUGGCAAAGACAAAGCAAGGGUUACCAAUUCUGGACUCAAGCUGAUAAGAUUGGCCACUUCCAAAUUAAAAAUGUUGUACCGGGCGACUACAAUUUGUAUGCAUGGGUUCCUGGCAUUUUUGGAGAUUACAAAUAUAACACUACUGUAACCAUCACACCAGGAUGUGUCAUCCAAUUGGGUUCACUAAUAUACAUGCCUCCAAGAAAUGGACCUACCAUAUGGGAAAUUGGCAUCCCUGAUCGCUCUGCUGCAGAGUUCUAUGUUCCAGACCCUUAUCCUAACCUCAUUAACCGAUUAUUCAUUGGGAAGCCAAAACACAACUUUAGGCAAUAUGGAUUGUGGCAACGUUACACCGAAUUAUAUCCAAAUCAGAACCUCGUUUACAAUAUUGGUGUUAGUGAUUAUAGUAAGGAUUGGUUUUAUGCUCAUGUUACCAGGAAUAUAGGAAACAACAAAUUUCGCCCCACGACAUGGGAGAUUAGAUUUCAUCUCCCAUUUGUUAUAAGAGGAAACUACACACUACAACUUGCCUUGGCCUCAGCCGAAAGUUCUAACUUGGUGGUUCGGUUCAAUAACCCAGUGGCUCUUCAUGAACACUUUUCUACGGGAUUAAUAGGCCAAGACAACGCUAUAGCAAGACAUGGGAUCCAUGGAUUGUACUGGCCUUACAGCAUUGAAGUACCUAGCCAUCUAUUGGUUGAAGGAAACAACACCAUUUAUCUGAGGCAGGCAAAAGGUCUAACUCGUUUCCAAGGAGUUAUGUAUGACUACAUCCGUUUGGAAAGACCUGAAACUUCAAGUUUAAAUUGAAUGUGUCAUUUCAUUAGUCUAUAUCAUUUGUUAGUCUUUCAUUUCAUUCAGUAAUCAUGUAUGUAGUUGAUA